AUAAAUAUUGAGUAUUGACGUUUCUAUCUUUCAAGUUUCAAAUGAAAAUGAAAAGAAAUCAUUUUUAUUUUGCGUAAAAAAAUGACGUGUUAAGAUAUAAAAAUAAUAAGCAAAAGAUGGCUACGAAAUCAAUAGCAAGUGCGACAGUAAGGGCAGUGAAAAAACGAAUAUUGCCAUCCAGAGCAGCACUCAUAUUAACCCCUUCGGCUGUUCAGAAAGUUAAAGAGAUUAUGUCUAAAGAAGAGGCUAAAGGAUUUAUUGGAUUGAAGGUUGGCGUGCGGCAAAGAGGUUGUAAUGGUCUGUCUUACACUCUCGAUUAUGCCUCUACUAAGGGAAAACUUGAUGAGGAAGUAAAACAAGAUGGUGUUACUAUAAUUAUUGAUAAAAAAGCACAAUUAACAUUACUGGGAACUGAAAUGGACUUUGUCAAAGAUAAGCUCUCAGCUGAAUUUGUUUUUAAUAAUCCAAAUAUCAAAGGCACCUGCGGCUGUGGAGAAUCUUUCAGUAUAUGAUUUGUAAUAUGUAAUUAUAGUUAAAUUAGGAUUGUUAUUGCCCACUCAUAUUUUCAUUUUAUUGAAUAUAUUUCUGAGUCUUGUCUGAGAGUACUUGGUCAAAAGUUAAUUCAUUAAUUUGUUACAAUGUGAGAGGGCUUGUGUAUAUAUUAUUAAUAUAGAUGUGUUCCUUUUCUGUUUUAUGUUUACUUAGUAGAACUUCGCUGUAAAGGUAGUGAUAAAAAAGAAUCUAGUGAUGAGCCAUUUGUUAUUAUUUUGUCUUAAACAAUAAUUAUUUGGUUUAAAUAAUAAAAUAUUU